GGAUAGCAGAGCGGCGGUGGCGACGACGGCCAUCUUAGAGCUACCGUGGUUACCGACACACAUCUUCUGGAUUUUAUUUUUCUCACUAGAUUAAUAUUCCACCUGACCGGCGAGAGCAGAAGAAGGUUGUUCUUCACCACCCCGCGUUUCAGCUCGAAUUCGGGAUGCGGUUCCGAGGGAAUAAACAAUUUGCAUCCGCUGUCGGACUGGUCCUCGGACUAUUAUGUGCGGUGGAGGCAGCUAAAGUUAAUAAGCACAAACCAUGGAUUGAGACGACGUACCACGGGAUCGUAACAGAAAAUGAUGACAAAGUACUGCUGGACCCUCCUCUAAUUGCACUGGACAAGGAUGCUCCGCUGCGCUAUGCAGAGAGUUUUGAGGUGACCCUCACCAAAGAAGGUGAGAUUUGCGGCUUCAGGAUCCACGGGCAAAAUGUCCCCUUUGAGGCAGUGGUUCUGGACAAGUCCACUGGCGAGGGGGUCAUCCGGGCCAAAGACAAGCUGGACUGCGAGCUGCAGAAGGAGCAUACCUUCACCAUCCAGGCCUAUGACUGCGGAGAGGGUCCUGAUGGAGCCAACAUGAAGAAAUCCCACAAGGCCACCGUCCACAUUCAAGUAAAUGACAUCAACGAGUACUCACCGGUAUUCAAGGAGAAGUCCUACAAAGCCACAGUUAUCGAGGGAAAGAAGUACGACAGCAUCCUGAAGGUGGAGGCAGUGGACGCCGACUGCUCCUUCCAGUUCAGCCAAAUCUGCAACUAUGAGAUUGUCACCCCUGACGUGCCCUUCACCAUCGAUAAGGAUGGCUACAUCAAGAACACAGAGAAACUUAGCUACGGCAAGGAGCGCAUGUACAAGCUGACUGUGACCGCCUACGACUGCGGGAAGAACCGUGCCUCCGAGGAUGUUCUGGUCAAGAUCAGCGUCAAGCCCACCUGCAAGCCUGGCUGGCAAGGCUUCAAUAAGAGGAUUGAGUAUGAACCCGGCACGGGCAGCCUGGCCCUUUUCCCCAGCAUGCACCUGGAGACCUGCGAUGAGCCAAUCACCUCCAUCCAGGCCAGUAUUGAGCUGGAAACCAACCAUAUUGGAAAGGGCUGCGACCGAGACACCUACUCUGAGAAGUCCCUGCACAAGCUGUGCGGUGCCAGCACCGGCACUGUGGAGCUUCUGCCCGCCCCCAGCAGCUCUGCCAACUGGACAGUGGGGCUGCCGACCGACAACGGGCACGACAGCGACCAGGUGUUUGAGUUCAACGGCACCCAGGCCAUCAAGGUGCCCGAGGGCGUGGUGAGCACCACCCUGAAGGAGCCCUUCACCAUCUCUGUGUGGAUGAGGCACGGCCCCGGGGCCCAUGAGAAGGAGACCAUCCUCUGCAACUCUGACAAGACAGAGAUGAACAGACACCACUACUCGCUGUACGUUCAUAACUGCAGGCUGAUCCUGCUCCUCCGCCAGGAUCCAUCCGAGGCCGAGAACUACAAACCAGCAGAGUUCCACUGGAAACUCGACCAGGUGUGUGACAAAGAGUGGCAUCACUAUGUGCUGAACGUGGAGUUCCCCACCGUGUCUCUGUUUGUGGACGGGACCACCUUUGAGCCAUUCCUGGUCACAGAGGAUUACCCCCUGCAUGCCUCCAAGAUUGAAACUCAGCUCACCAUCGGUGCCUGUUGGCAAGAAAACUCAGGACAUGAAAAUGACACUGAGACAGUCUCUGAGCCCGCUCCAGGCGGCAACGCACGCAUGGCCCAGUUUUUCCGUGGAAAUCUCGCCGGGCUGAUGAUCCGUUCUGGCAAGCUGGAAAACAAAAAGGUGAUCGACUGUCUGUACACCUGCAAGGAAGGUCUGGACGUGCAGCUGCCUGAGGAGGUUGCUUCAGCUGUCAAGGUGGAGUUUAACCCCAACCAGUCCUCACUGACAGUGGAGGGCGAUGACAUUGACGCCUUUGACAAGGUCAUGCAGCACAUCUCCUACCUGAACUCGCGCCAGUUCCCCACCCCUGGCAUCAGACACCUUCGCGUCUCCACGGCUGUCAAAUGCUUCAACGAGGAGACGUGUGUGUCUGUGCCGGACGUGGAGGGAUACGUGAUGGUGCUGCAGCCCGAGGAGCCCAAGAUCAGCCUGAGCGGCAUUGACCACUUCGCCCGCGGUGCCGCCGAGUUCGAGAGCCAGGAGGGUGUGACGCUGUUCCCCGAGCUGCGCAUCGUGAGCACCAUCACCCGUGAAGUGGAGGCUGACGCCGAGCCCGAGGUCACCGAGGGAGCCGACGAUGAUCCCACAGUCCAAGAGACGGUGGUGUCAGAGGAGAUUAUGCACAAUCUGGACACGUGUGAAGUGACCGCUGUGGGAGACGAGCUGGACGGGGAGCAUGAGAGCCUGGAGGUGGACCUGGCCCAGCUCCAGCAGCGUGGCCUGGAGAUGAGCUCCUCCAACCUGGGCCUCGUCAUCACCGGUGUGAACACCAUGGCAAACUACGAGCAGGUCCUGCAUCUCAUUCGUUACAAGAACUGGCACACCGAGGCUCUCUUUGACAGGAAGUUCAAACUGGUCUGCUCUGAACUCAACGGCCGCUACAUCAGCAAUGACUUCAAGGUCGAGGUGAACGUGAUUCACACAGCCAGUCCCGUGGAGCAUGCUAACAAUGCCAUGGUGCAGCCCAACUUCAUCAACCCUGUCCACCACGCCUCUGUGGACCUUUCUGGACACAACCUGGUCAACGCUCACCAGGCCUCAGUUGUCCCCAGCGCCGCCACCAUUGUCAUCGUGGUGUGUGUCAGCUUCCUGGUGUUCAUGAUUAUCCUGGGUGUGUUCCGUAUCCGGGCGGCACACCAGCGCACCAUGAGAGACCAGGAGAACGGCAAGGAGAACGAGAUGGACUGGGACGACUCAGCCCUCACUAUCACCGUCAACCCCAUGGAGACAUACGAGGAUCAGCACAGCAGUGAGGAGGAGGAGGAGGAAGAGGAGGAGGAGAGCGAGGACGGCGAGGAGGAAGACGAUAUCACGAGCGCCGAGUCGGAGAGCAGCGAAGACGAGGAAGGCGGGGAGCCGGAAGACCAGCAGGGGGCCAGCAGACAGCAGCAGCUGGAGUGGGACGACUCCACUCUCACCUACUAGAGCAACACACACAUACACACAUACAGCGUACACAUACACACACACAGACACACAUACACACACACCUCAACACAAGCUCCUCUGCAUAAACACGCAUGUCACACACACUGCUCACAUCCACUCACUCAAAGCCUCAUGCUCACCGCACUGCCCUCAUCAGUAGGGUGCCAACACACACACACACACACACACACUUGCACACAUGCACACACAUGCACACACACACCCUUAUAAUUUCAUUUCCAAGGAGCCAUGAUGUAAAAAAAAAAAAAAUAACAAAAAUCCCUUCAACGUAUAUAUGGUCAAGGUUUUCCUGUUGUUACCUUAGUGGUGGUACUCAGUGUAGUAUAGUAAUCACCGGAUCGCUGAUUUUUACUGUUUAUUUUUUUAUUUAUUAUAUUUUAAUUCCCAGGAAAACUUGGCCUACAUUUACAUUUGUUUUGAGCUACGUGAGGAAGCCAACCCUGCACUUUUUGUUUUCUCUCAGACGUAAGACUUUCAAAUGGAGAAUGAUUUUUUUUAAAUGUAUAUUCUUUGCGUGUUGGUUUUAGAUUUGUUUGCCGCUAAAAUCACGUGUAGCUUUUGACUUGGGUUUUCUUGACUUGUAGUCCACAGAGUGAGACGAGAUGACGCUUUGAACAAGUAGACCGCAUUUUCUUUUCUUUUUUUCUUUUUUUUUUUCUUCUUUUAGUGCAUGAGGAUAUUUGAGAAGUCAUAUGUGUAGAGGAAUAAAUUGCUUUUUAAAAAUUUUUGUAAAUAUAAAGAAACCAUGUAAUUAGUUGAUGUGUUAGUGAAGGCCUUCACAAUGGGGUCCAAUAUCUAAAAAUGACGCAGUACGUAAUGUAGAAUAUUUGUGUCACAGAGGCUGUAGCAUGUUGCAAAAAAAAACUUCGCAAAAGCUGUUCCAUCAUGCUUGUACAAAAAUGUCUGCUUCGAGAUGAGAAACCCAGGACUGAUAAGCAGAGGUUUCCAUGACAAAGUGGUGUCCAUUUUGUCUUUUCUUUUUGCUAAGAGGAAGUCAUUUAUGUUGCUCUCACCUGUAGGCAGGACCGGUGGAUGGUUUCAGCUUCACACAUGCUUUGCUUUGCUUUGCUUGCACAAGUGGCAAUGCUCUACUCAAGGCGUCGAUGUAUUUCAUUCCCAUUCGAUUUCACUGUUGUACAGAAGGGAUUUUCUUUCCUUUCAGAGUAAUCAUACUCAGAGAAAUGCAUAUGUACAAACCGAGGUUUGUGUGCGGGAUGGUACAAACACCACGCCAGGUGUAGCGCUGUUUUAUUUUGAAAUAUGGGUACUAAUAUUUCUACCAAUACAUUUGGACAAGUAGCGGCAUUUCCUCAGCAACUUUAAAAAAAAAAGUUUUUCCUCCAUAUUCCAGAUAUUCCAGUUCUGCUGUGGCGACAGACGUAGGAAUGAACAAAAUCCCUACAAACAACCGAGAGCAAAUUAACUUGAGCUUUAGUGGAGCUUGGUUGAAUAGUACAGUUGCUGGCAUUGUUUUGGGGGAGAGAAAUGAAAGUACAUUUCAGGAUUGCUUCAUUGCAAAAAAAUAUUUUUUAAGAUUUUUUUCAUGGCAUGGCUAUUUAACCUGAAAUGAUCUAUUAGGUGCAUUUUUAAACUGGUUGCUUAUCUCAAAGUAAAUACCGUCUUUCCUCGUCGCUCUUUCUGUGUUUCAAAAAAAUUCCACCCGAAUGGAAGACUGCACUUUGUGAUAGGAAAACACUUUAAAAAUGAAUCUUUGCUCUUGUUUGAAUCUUAAAAUGAAAUAUUUUUUGCAGUAGACCACUAGAUUUUAUUGUACAUGGAACUGUACUGUAGAGUUGUUCUAAGAUAUUUGUUUACAUUUGGUAAACUUAUUUUUCCUUCUGGUAUUAGUAUAAAACUUAUACAGUUAAUUGGGAAUAAGUGUCCAAACUCUGUCUCCUCUCAGACAUGGCUGUUGUCCAUCACUCUUGUAUAUCUUUCACACACCAGACACAGUUGUACUUCUACACCUAACAAUUUAAUGUUCGUCUGAUGUUUUUCGGUUCCAAGUAAAUAUAUAUAUAUAAAUAUAUAUUUUCCAACCCUGCAUUAAGUAAGACUAGACUGAGGGCAUCAAUUAAGUGAGCAAAAAAUGUGACUAUCAGUUGGGCGAUGAUUACAAACGUCGGUGCAGAGGGUCUCAUAUUUUGCAUGCAGAUCUUAUUUUCAGAGGCCAAAAUCGAGUGAAUACAGAAAAAUCCUUUACGCAAUGCAAGACUCAUAAAAGGUUGUUUAUGGUUUCCAGGUCACAUAUGAGCGUGGCGAGUGCACCUUUAUGUGUGGUGUCACUGCGUUGUUUUUGUUUUUAGGUUCAAAUUUGUUUAAGGUUUUUGGUCAGCGGUGGAAAGUUGGUGAACAGUCUCCCCUCCAUGAUGACUUGGGCCUGCAAAAGGGGGCCAGGUCUGAGCCGGCCGAGUUGGGAGUGCCUUUUGCCGAUCACAGCGCAGUUAACACACCUAAAACAAACAAACAAAAAACACAAAACAAAACAAAACAAAAAAAUGUUCAUCCAUGCUCUUUUUUUUUUUUUUAGUUGUGGCAUUUUUUUUUCUUUUCUUAUUAUUUUCUAACUAUUUAAUGCUAGAUUUCUUAAUGAGCUGGGGAUGCAAUUUUUUUCCAUUUUGUUGUAACAAUAGUCCACCGCUAGUUUUAUUAAAAAGUGAAAAAGUUUUACAUAGAUGUCAUGUGUCCAUGUUGGUGUGUAAAGUAGAUCCAUAUUGUAUCUUCUAUAGAUAUUGUACUAAAUCAUAUUGACGGAAUCCACCUUUAAAAAGAUGUACAUUAUUGAAUUGCUCUAGGCAGCCUACGUGGGUAUAAAUUUGUGUAUAGUGGAAGGAAAUUUUGAACCGUGUACUAUUGCCUAAGUUGCUGACAGAUGUUUUUUGAGGGCAGCUUGGAAUUCACAAGAACCACAAUAUACAGAAAAUUACCACGUCGUUAUGUUAAACCCUGAACGUCAACAUUUCAUCUGGCAUUUUCCUGAAAAGUCCAAUGCAACGUGUUGGUGACGGUGUGCAUUGACUGAAGCUGAGUCUCCUCAGAGUGACUGUGGCAUCUCACACACCUCCUGAUCAGCCCCAGAUUAAGUGUAUUUUUCUCUGCAUUGAAUCGAUUGUCACUGCCUAAUAAACUGAAAUGCAGCCGUACAGUUAGCGCUGAAAUGUAUGGGGAGUUUUCUUUGCAUGAACCACAUUGCUUUUCUUCCAUGUGGGGGGGUUGUGAGAGCGGAGAGAGAACGGAGAUGUGGUACACUACUGAUUCUCUGAUUGUCCAUUUCACAAGUCCACGCCACUGAAAACAUUUUUCUUUUAUCUAUUUUUUUUUUUUAUUAUUAUUUUUUGUUUUAAAUAUUUGCUCAAAAAUGGAAGGUGACAAUGUUUUCCGAACCAAUGGAUACUUCCUUUGUGCUUGUUGGGGCUGCUCUCACUUUUCUACCAAUUGAAAGGCGAAUUGUAGUGAAGUUGAUGCUUGCUCAUAAACAAAAUAAAGGAUGAUGAGAUGGGG